AUGGAAGUGAAGGUGUCAGUGGACGGCGUCCAGCGGGUGGUCUGCGGAGUGACAGAGGAAACAACAUGCCAAGAAGUGGUCAUAUCGUUGGCUCAAGCCCUGAGUCAGCCCGGACGCUACAUUUUGCGGGAGAAAUUCAAAGACUUCGAGCGGUGCAUGACCCCCGACGAACGCCUUCUGGAGACCCUGGAGAAAUACGGCGAGCAGGCCCGGGAGGUCCAGCUCACCCUGCUCCACAAUGGACCCUGUGUCUGGGAUGAAAUGAGCAGAACAAAAGUUGGCAGAUACCAGCCUUGGCCGCCCCUGAGAAAGAAGGAUGCAGCGGCUCGAAUGCGGCGAGGCAGCGGUUCACUGAGUUUGCAUCGCCGGAGCUUGCCGCCGUUGCCUUGCUCGAGGCAAGAAGCUGAGCCCCAGAAGGAGGACCCGAAAAAACCUAAAAGAAAGUCUCUGACGCUCAUGGAAGAGGCCUGGGAAUGGCUGGAGAAUCUGGGGAAAGGCAAGGUCUACAAUACUGCCUGUGACAAGAACAGCAAGAGAACCGAUAAAAGGAACCAUGCCUCCGUCGAUGUGUCUCUCACUGGUGACAAAGAUGGCUUGGGUCGAAGAAGUAGGAGCAAAGUCAGAGGUCAGAAAAGUAUCAAGUCAGACUUGGACAAUCAAACAUCCUGCUGCAUCGGAAGCCAGACGAGGGGUAAAGACAGCAAACGCUGCAAGAAGAGCAAAGAGGCAAAAGCUGACGAUGACCUUUGCCGUUCAAGUGUAGUUGCAGCUGAAGAUGAAAUAAAUAGUCUCAAAGAAACCGUCAUUCGACAGCUCAGUUGUUUGCAGGAUUUGCAGGUCCAGAUAGGCCGCACAGACAAACUGAUUUUUGAGCUUGAGGAGAGACAGAGGGCCCAAAGAGCCGAGCAGGACGCCCAGAAGAGACUGGCUGAACAUGAAAUGGAGCAGAUCAAGUUUUGGGGAAAUGAAUUAAAGGCGGAGGAAGGUCACGAGAAAGACUUGCAGAGACAGUUCCUUGAGAUGAGGGCGAAGGCUGUUGAGUGCAAAACCAAGCUGGAGGAGUACAAGUGCAAAAUGCAGGGGCUUGAUUUCUUUGCCCCUCAGAACGUUGUUGAAGAGGAUUCAGAGAUGAUUUCAGGAGUCGAUGGUGGUGCUGCCACUGAGUUUUCCUCAAAGGACGCAUAUCAGCAACGAUCUGAUCCUGAUGGGGAUGUUUAUGUUAACAGGAAGUUCUUGCCCCGAGAAGACUUCGACUCUCCUCAUGCUCUGGUUUCUCCGAACCAGAUAAAAGAGCGGCGGCCCACGGGUCCCACAGAGCUCAGGGAGUGGUGGACACGCUGGUCUGAAGCCCAAAACACACAAUUACAGACUAAAAAGAAGGUGAUUCACCGCACUGAACUCACAAUAUAUCUGGGUAGCACUAAGGUUUAGCAGCAAAUAAACAGGCACUGAUACGAAGCCAGUAAAAUAUGAUGAAUGCUUUAUCGUAAGACAGUUUGUUUUAUUCCUCACAUCAAUAUUAAUUUGCAUUUCGCUACUUUCUGCCCUUAAAAUAGCAGUUUCCAAAUAUUUUUGAUGGCACACUGGCUCGGAAGAAGGAGAAUGGUGCUGCUUUCAUUCAGACUCAUCAACCUUAAGGUGUAUUCUUGCUGUAAGUAACUGUGGCGAGUGGGUACAAUGAGAAGUGUAAGAGUAAUGCUGGACUGUAGAUCAGUUAAAAACACGUAGAAGUCGGAAACUUAUAAAAUAUGAAGAAUUCUGACCAGACUUUGGCGUUAUUAUUAUAGCAGCAGCUCCUCUAGUUCAAGCAGCCGGGAAUCAUGGGUAAUAUCCAUUCAGUUGUGGUGCAGUUCAGGAAGUAGGACUACACAGUCAGAGCCCCAUGAAGCACAUUGAGAGGUUUUGCGUUUUUUCUCUACAUGAAAACAACUAAAUCAUCCGGACACAGAGCCAAACAGAAUUAAACAAGUGACUGUAGAGGGCCCUGUUGUUCAGUAACAGUUACAUAGUGUUUCUUUAAUUUGUACUGAGUUUAUGAAAGACCCAUUGUAUCUAGUGUAUGUUGCUACGAUGGAGGCCCUCAAUAACCCUCAUCAACCCAGCCCUCCCAGGGUUUGCUCCCUUCCGUGAGCCCCCUUGUGCAUAAAAUGGCUCCAUGUCAGAAGUGAGGGAACAAGGGCAGGGGAUCAGCUGAGGUGGAAAUCAAACACCCGUCACAUCAGGAAGUCAUUAGCGACACAGGAUAGCUUAGAAUUUUAAAAACCACAAAACAGAAAUUAUUUUAACUUUGCACAAAUUUAAAUGUGACAUGUUAUUUUUAUUUUACUGGAUUAUUCGUGAUUGCUGUGUAUUCAACCCUGCAUUGAAGUAAAUAAUGGAAUUCUUUGUACUGUACAUGUUAUUGUGCAGUUGCGCCCUUGCCUCAAAGCGGUUUCCUCUGUUCUGGCAAAUAAACAGUCACUAAUACAAAGACAGAAAAACCUACCAUGAAAAUAUGGUGAAUGCCUCACUGUGUGACAGAUUCUUUUCAGUGCUUUGUAUUGAAAGUUGUGAUUUCUUUAUCUAAAGAAACACUUUUAGUAAUUUCGUAACUUACAUCUGUGGUUUUUCUUAAGGUCACAAGUUAAAAUGUCCUCUUUCAGUUGAGGUCGUUGGGCUACAAUGAAAUCUGAGAUUUGUAUUGAUAAAAUGGUAAGCUUACGACAAGUCAUUUUAGGGCUCUGUGUAAUUUAAAGAGACAAUAUAGCGUUGUCCGAGUUAAAAUGAGGAAUGUCGAGCACCUUAAGUUAUACAGUUGGUAAAGGUUUCACACAACUAAACGUGAUGUUU